AUCUUUUCUCAAUUUUUCGGACACGUUUUUUCCUUCGUUAGGGAAGGUCAAAGACCAGAAAAAAACAACUGUUACUAUUAUUAUUUUUUUAGGAAAAAUGCAACCUAAAAAACAGGGUACCACGUAUCCUAGAAUUUUAGCUCGAAAUUCUGACAUAACGCCAGCAAUCCAAAGUCUAGUUUGGAUCGCAUGAAUGAAACCAGCUGUUUACUUCAAGCCACGAUGGUUCAUGGCGGGCACAUUUCGAAAGCAACCUCUCACUAAACCGGAUAAAUUAAUCAACUUUCUAUUUUUUAAACUCUUCCCUGGGUUUUUUAAUGGAGAAAUACUAUUUUUAAGAGUUUGGGUUUUUGACUUACGUGUUGAUUGUAGUAUUAUAUUUCAACAGAAACAUGAUUAUUAAAUUAAUUAAAAUAAAUAUCUUGUUUUGAUUUGAUUGGGAUUUGAAUAUUUUUCUUGAGGAUAAAUUCCUGAUGAGUUCCUGGAUGGCCGGAGUCUUUUUGUUUCAACAGGGCAAGUGGGUGUUCUACAUCCGCAUCGAAGCUGGGAACACAUCUUUCCUGGAUUUUAACGUGUUUUCUUGAUUUUAUGGGCUUAAGAUCUUCUGUUUCUGUUCGAUCGAAGCCUCUGUUUCGUAGACAUCUUCAAGCCAUGAAAGCAAGAAAGGUUUUUGGUGUUUCUCUUUCUCUCCUUCUUAUCAACUUGGCUGCCAUUAUGGAACGUGCUGAUGAAAACCUCCUUCCAUCUGUCUACAAAGAAGUUAGUGAAGCUUUCAAUGCUGGGCCAUCCGAUCUUGGGUAUCUCACCUUCAUAAGGAACUUUGUGCAGGGAUUGGCAUCUCCCUUGGCAGGUGUACUUGUAGUUAACUAUGAUCGCCCUAAAGUUCUUGCUAUCGGCACUUUUUGCUGGGCCUUAUCAACUGCUGCAGUGGGUGGCAGCCAACAAUUUCCUCAGGUUGCACUGUGGAGAGCAGUUAAUGGCGUUGGACUGGCAAUUGUAAUACCAGCACUUCAGUCUUUCAUUGCUGAUAGUUACAUGGAUGGUGUGAGAGGUGCUGGAUUUGGGCUGCUAAGCCUUGUUGGUACCUUGGGUGGCAUUGGUGGUGGUGUUGUUGCUACGAUUAUGGCUGGUCAGGAGUUCUGGGGUAUGCCUGGGUGGCGUUGUGCCUUUAUUAUGAUGGCAACUUUAAGUUCAUUGAUUGGGCUCCUUGUGUUCCUAUUUGUUGUUGAUCCUAGGAAAGCAGUUGGUGUCAAUCAUGCUGCUGGCUACAAUCUUGAUAGGGAUGAGCUGAUAGAAAAAGGGAAUGCCCGAGUCUCAUCUGUUUGGUUUGAGUCCUGGAUGGCCACGAAAGCUGUUAUAAAAGUUCCAACAUUUCAGAUAAUUGUCUUGCAGGGAAUUGUUGGUUCACUACCAUGGACUGCCAUGGUAUUCUUUACGAUGUGGUUUGAACUAAUAGGUUUUGAUCAUAAUUCUACAGCAGCACUCCUAAGUCUUUUUGCGACAGGAUGUGCAAUGGGAUCCUUUGUUGGUGGGUUAAUAGCAGAUAGAAUGUCACAGAUUUACCCCCCUUCUGGCCGUAUCAUGUGUGCACAAUUCAGUGCCUUCAUGGGCAUCCCAUUCUCAUGGUUCCUUCUUAAAGUGAUUCCACAAUCAGUAAGCAGCUAUUUCACCUUUGCCGUCACCCUCCUUUUGAUGGGCUUAACCAUCAGUUGGAAUGCUACGGCAGCAAAUGGUCCUAUGUUUGCUGAAGUCGUCCCUGCUAAACAUCGGACCAUGAUCUAUGCGUUUGAUCGUGCUUUUGAAGGAUCGUUUUCUUCUUUUGCUGCUCCCUUGGUUGGUAUUCUAUCGGAGAAGAUGUUUGGUUAUGAUUCCAGAUCUAUUGAUCCAAUCAAUGGGUCUCCACGCGAGGCAUUUGCAUUGUCCAGAGGGCUACUAUCAAUGAUGGCAAUUCCUUUUGGGUUGUGUUGCCUGUUUUACACGCCAUUGUACAAAACUUUUAGGCGAGACCGUGACAAUGUUAGAUUAGGCACUUUGAAAGAGGAAGAGAUGAUUUGAGUGACACCUUCAUGUUACUUUUUUAAUUCAAAAUUUCUUUUCACGAUAAUAAGGACCGUAGAAUAUUUGUCAAGAAAGUCAUUACCAUGCUAAUCAAAUGAAAUACAUUGCGAACCAAUAGUUUGAAGGAUAACCAUUGUGGUUUGAUAAACCAUUUAGCGAUUAGCUGCCCUGAUUGGGUUGAUGAGCAUCUAUAUAAAGGCACAUCGACGUAAUAUCAGUUGUAUCCUGUAAACAAGAACAUGCGACUGCAAAAUCAUGACCAUAGAUGUUAUAAUGAAACAGCCAAUUACAAAUCUGUCAGUAUAGUUUUCCGAAUAUUGUAUUAAAGAUUCAUUUAAGGACGGCUACUAAGGUCAAGUCUAAUUCCAUAACGGAUCAAU